AGGGCCGUGUAAAAUAAGAAUUGAGGUGUUAUUGUUUACGACUUCAUUUGAAAAGAAGUUACCUAUUUUCUGAAAUGGAUAUUACGCCGAAAACAAAGAAGGCUAUGAGCAAGGAUGAGGUUUCACUACUCGUGGAUUUAAUCCAAAGCCACCCAGUAGUAAUUACCAAAGAGACCAAUGCUGCCACCAACAAACUGAAGGAGGAAUCGUGGAUUUCUUUAACCAACAAAUUUAAUUCGAAAAGUGGUCAAAUACCACGUCAGGUCGGUCAGCUUAAAUUAAAAUGGGACAAUUUAAAAAGAGCAGCUCGUAAGAGAGCUGCCAAUAUAAGGAUGAACAAUUUAAAGACAGGUGGUGGCAAACCAGAUUUCAUUCCACCCGAUGAAAUUCUUGAGAAAGUGGCAAGUGUUUUGGGACCCACAUGUAGUGGGUUUGAUGUUCCAUUUGGUGGUGAUGGAGUAGGUGCUACAGAAAAUGUGAAUGAAAUCUUUGAAUUGGACAAUGCUGAUUGGAUGCAAAUUUCUGAACAACUUAACACAAAUGUUGCAUCAGUUAACAUCCAGGAAGAAUCACUUUUGCCUACAUGUACAAAAAAGAGGAAAAUAGACGAUAGUUCCCAAGCUGGUACUUCAGAAGGCAACACACGCGAACCAGGUGCUAAACAUAUAUAUGGAAUGAUGUCUAAGCCUCUGCAAAGCAAAGCCAAAAAGUUUAAAACGAACCAGGAUGAUGGACGGCUCCAAUGUAAUUUGGCAAUGGCAAGAUACUAUGAUAAAAAGGCAGAAAAAUUAGAUAUAGAGAUUAAAAUAUUGAAAUUGGAGUUAGCCAAUAAGGAAAAGAAUUGUAAUAAUAAUAUUUAGUU